AUGGCGCAAAAUGAGCUGUUUCAGCUUCUACCGUCUUCGGCAAGCACUUCCACAGUCCCAACUGUGUCAUCGAUGCGACUGGGGGCACGAAAAAGAUUUGACGACCGCUCGCAGACGGCAAUUGCGCUCCUGCUUCGAUCCCGGGUGCCAGGAACCGCUAUAGGGCUGGAUAACUAUGCUCAACUUGCAAGCGAGUGCAAUCGCCUCACAAAUAUACUACGAUGGACAGAAACGGCUAGGAUUUCACGGACGCUAAACUCUGCCCCUUUUAUAUCCCAAUUUGGCAGCGCUUCGGUCUUCGCGCUCUCACCGUCGCAUAUACUUGUAGGAACCUCGAAAGGAGCAGUGGCUGCGUUUGAUUACUCUCAGCGGCUCAGUUAUAUGCUCUUCGUCGAGAGCGUAGUUGACUCAAAUGUAAACUCUGCGCAUGAAGCGGGUCCCCGGAAUGUCUCUGACCAUGCUGCAACCAAUCGAGCUCUGCCAAUAACCUGCGUUGCGUAUUCAUCCGAUGGCCUUUUCGUGGCGGCGGGCCAAAACGACGGCACAAUAGUUUUAUGGGACAUAUCGAAGGCCACGCUGCCUUUGGAGCGGUCUGAAACAACUCCAAUGGUACCACCUUACAAUAUGAUCUAUCCCAGAAAUCCCCGUGUCACUCUCCAAGAGGAGAGAAUCGGCCAUACUUCGGGGGUACCCAUCACUAAUGUGAUGUUUCUUGACGAUCUGCACCAAUAUCUCCUAUCGUCCGACUGCUCAGGCCUCGUGCUCUACCAUCAUGGCUUUAAGAAGUUUCUACGGAAACACCUCUUCUCCGAGAAGAUAUUGGGUCCCAAUGACAUUCACGAAAGUGAAGUCUCUACGAAAACCACGAUUUUCGACUGUCAGUUGCUUCCCCACGGCACUUCGCCUCAGGUGACAGAUCUCAUUGGGUUAACAGCAGUGAUAACUAGUAACAUAUUGAAGGUGGUUUCGGUGCGAUCACUCAACAAUACCAGCUCUACUCGUGUGUUAACACAUUUUAAGGUGUUCAGAUCGAAAAAGGUGGACAUGUCCCCACAUCUACCGACUCACGGCUGCUUGGCCUGGUAUCCCUGCCUCAAUAAAGAUGGCGGGAUCGUAAAUGCAAAGCUUGCAUAUUCCUGGAACAAUGUAGUGACAAUACUCGAGGUCAAUAAUAAUGGAAUCCCAUCGAAUAUCCUCUCCACUCUCGCAGACGUAAAGGAUAAAGACAAGGCUAUUCCAAUCAUUCCGCUUUUCAAGACUGCCAAAUGGCACACACCAGAGCCCACAGAUAGAAUUGUUGCUCUCAAGUGGCUUAACUCAGAAAUCUUGACAGUAAUUGCCCAGAAUACCACUUCCACAGAGUUCAAGUUGCAUGUGUUGUACUACACAUCAUUUGAAUUGAACGCCGAAUUCCACUCAAUAGGGCUGGACAACUUAGAGUCUCAGAUCAUCAGUGACUGUAAGAUGAGCUCAACAUCAAAAUACUUCCAGUACCAAUCAUACCAGUCAUCUUUCCAGAUAUUCCGACAUAGACCCGUUUUGCUAGCCCAAUCCCGCUCGAUCUCAGGCAAAGCGAUUUUCACGGGAACAAAUUUGAAAUGGGGAGAUAGAAUUAUGCAGCUGCUUGUGAGAAAAGAUUUCAUGGCUGCUUUGCUUUCCGCCUAUGACUUCUACCAUUCUACAGAAUCAGGAAAGCUCAUUCUAUGCGGAUUACCACAUACAGAGCUCGAACGGCAAGCUGUUGUAGAGCCCUUCCUUGUGAAACUCAUGAAAGAAGCAGUCGAACCUCUUUUCAAGGUGUCCGCAAAUCUUAGCGUCGAAUAUGAGUCUCCGAGAAUGUCAAACAGCGAUCUUUUGCGAUUCUACUUCCACCUCGUAUCUCUUUUGACUCAAAAUAGAGGUGGCAGCAUUGGAGACGAUCUUCUCAAUAUCUUGGAGCUCAUUCGUGAAACUCUUGACGAUGACACCGAGUUUUUCUCCCUACUCGAAGAGUUCAUCAUUGGACAAGCCAUUCCUAAUUUGUCGCCAAUUCUUUUCGAAAAACUCAUUCAGUAUCUUGUAUCUACAGGAAAGGAGUCAACUCUUACAGAAACAGUUUGCCUACUUGAAACUUCAACGUUGAACAUCGAUGCAACAUUGAAGUUAUGCGAAGAGAAUAAACUACGCGAGUGUAGCACGUACAUCUGGAACAAACUACUUCACGACUAUUUGACGCCUUUAAUUACUUUGAUAUCCGACUUUUGCGAUGAGAGUCUUUCUCAAGAACAGAAAAUGUUGGUGUUUAGCUAUUUGUCCUAUGUUUUGUCAGGAAGGCAAUUUCCAACAGACGACUACCUAAGUGACUCCGAUGAAGAACGGUCGCGGCGAGAAAUUUGUGCAACAAUCUUCAGCUACUCCUCAGAUCUGCUUCUUCAUGGAGAAAGUAAGACGGUUUUGGGCACCAACACUAACAGCGUCUUUCCAUUUCUCACUCAUCUUUUGAAGUUCAGUGUGCGGGAGACUUUGAUGACAAUGAAUGAGUUUUUCGAGAAUCCUUGUCUCAACGAUGGAGAAAUCGGCUAUGAUAGACAAGACAUUAUUGAGGCUCUACUUGACAUCUUUGAAAUCCAGGAGUUUACGGACGAGGAGCAUGUAUACUUGGCAAUAUUUAUUGCUAGAAACUAUCCAAAGUUUAUUCAGUUCAUUAGGCUCUCAGACUCAGUAUUGCAGGACUCAAUGCAGAGGCUUUGCAACAACAAAGAUAUUGAGCUUCACGACGAAUGCGAACUUGCAUUGCAGAGCUUGAUACAAGCAUACAAUGUUGGCGACGAGUCGUUUUUCUACGAUCAACUAAAGGCAGCAAAAUUCCACAACGUUCUCUUUUCCAUCUACAAACAAAAGGGUGAGUUUUCGCAAGCUAUUGAGGUGUGGCUGAAGACGUCGCAAAACGUUGAGGACGGCAUCAAUUUUUCGAUUUUGGCGGAAAUACUAGAGUCAACGUUUCUCCGGAGCGUUGUUUCACCAAAACAGAAAAAGGAGGUGCUCAAUGCCAUUCAAAAAAACUUUUCCCAGCUAGCUACAGCAGGACCCGCUGACUUAGCGGCGCUUGCGAACGCUUACAACCCGGAAAUCCAUCUCAUGGCGGUUGGUUGCGAUGAUCCGUCUUUACAAUACAAAUACCUCAAGGAGCUCUUUGACGGGACUUCAAAAGUUGACUUUGGAACCCAUCGAGAAGAACUUCUUAUCACUUAUCUCAAGGUUCUUUGUCAGUGCGAGCCGGCGCAGGUCAUGGCAACUGUCAGAGAAUAUUCAGGCACCAUCCAGAAAUACUUGAAACAAGAUGAUAGCCUUUUAUCAGUAUUCAGGAACUUUGAUCAGGUUGAGGCUUUGUGUCACUUUUUGGUACUCGAGAAUAAAACCGGUGAGGCCCUCGAGCUUUUGCUCGAAAAAAUUGACAAUGAAUCAUCCAAAAAGCACUGCGAUAAUUUGGAAAAGUACAUCGAUGCGGCUGUGCAAGUAUGUGAAGCAAGUGAUGGCACUCUUUGGAACAAAAUGAUACAGCGCUUAGUGCAAUUGACCAGUUCCACCUCUACGGCGGCAAUGGAAAUGCUCGACCAUGGUAUUUAUAGGCUGUUCCGGCGACUCUUGGACACCAACCCUGAGCCGGAAAUGUUUCAAGGUAUCUUACAUGACAUCAUGGAUAGCGCACAGGUAUCGAAUAUCCGUGAAACUCUCCAGGACCUCCUCACAUCGUACUUUUUUGAGAUUGAGAUGCUUAGUAUCUCGCUUAAAAAAAUCAACACCGGUGUUUUGAAGUACAUGCAUACUGUCCGAAACGAGAUUCUACAAGGAUGGGGAAUCGAGAAGAAGCUGUGCGCAAGUUGCGGCUUGCCGAUAUGUGGAAAAGAUAUAUCCGUCCGCCAAUUUAUGGCGUGGGAGGACCGCCAGCGGAGCCGAGUUGUUUUGGCCAAAUUUGACAAAGACGACUAUUUGGACUGCGAGAUUGUUUUGUUCAAGUGCCACCACGGGUACCACAGCAAGUGCCUCCGCAAUUUGGGCAGCUGGGGCCAUUGUGUUCUUUGUGAAGCAUGA